AUGACUGAUAGAUUGACGCAAUUACAGAUAUGCCUUGAUCAAAUGGUCGAGCAAUUCUGUGCUACUUUAAAUUAUAUAGACAAAAACCAUGAUUUUGAACCAUUUCAAGAGGGGGAACCCAAGAUGUCUGAUAAGCAUGCUACCAUUGCUGCUCCAGAGGAGUUUUCAAACACAAUCGACGAGUUAGCUACUGAUAUUAUAUUGAAGACAAGACAAAUUAAUAAAUUAAUUGAUUCCUUACCUGGUGUGGACGUUUCCGCUGAGGAGCAAUUACAUAAGAUUGAUUCUUUACAAAGGAGUUUGGUUGAGGUGGAAAAGCAGAAGAUUGAAGCUAUAAAGAAGAAAGAGAAACUAUUAGACGAUGUGGAUGAUCUCAUUACAAUGUUUGUGACAGGUAUUGCUGAAUCGAGGCAAGCUCUGACUACAUCAUCGUCACCUCUUUCGAAGGAAAAAUAA